AUGACUGGAAAAGCAAAACUUGUGAAGAAGUAUGAGGGGUAUUCUCGCAUUGCAUUGAGCAAGGAUAAAUAUGAAGUGGAAGAAGAUAUGGAGGAAUUACGAAAGAUGAGAGCCCAGAACCAUAUGGUAGAUUACAGUGAUGUACAGUACAACCACCUCGAAAUCAAGCCACGUGGAGCUAUCAAUAUAUAUGGAGAUUUAAUCUCUCCAUUCGACAAACUGGAAUAUUCGCAAAUUCCAGAACAUUUUUUUUUACUAGACCACUCAGGACACAGCUCCAUUAACCGUAACCCAACCGUACCAGAAAGAUGGCUCUCAUCACAGAAUGUAUCUCUGGUUAUGGAUAUGUGA